AUGUUCAAUAAUUCAACAUCCUAUUUUGCGAACUCAAAUGAAAAAAACAACCAAUUCAAAGAGAAAAUCUAGAGUGUUCUUUAUUCAUCUCCAAACACAUCAUAGUAAAAUUUUAGUCUAAUCAAUUAGUGAAUUUAUGAAGUGGAUUCCUAGUAAUGAUAUUUCGAAUCUCUCUGUGUCUAUUGAACAAGAUAUUGAUAAAAUUCUAUAGGUUGUUCCUCCUUUUUAAUUUUAAUCAAACAAACAAAUUUGCUUUUAAAAUUCUUAUACUUAACAAUGUAUCAACAGCCAGCCUUAUACAUUUUUGAGUUCAUCUUAAAAAAGUUAUUCUGAAAAUCUAUGUGAACCAAAAAUAAAGUAGAAUGAACUACAUUAAACAGAAAGUAAUUCAAAAGUAAAUAGAAGAGAACAGUUAAUUCCUCCGAAGUAGAAUUAAUACAUUUAAGACUUAAUUAGUAGAUAUAAAGAACCUCCUAAAAAUCAUUUUUAAGAAGAGUAAAAUAUUCAAUCUAAUAAUAUUGAGGAAGAAUAUGAUGUAAAUACUAAAUAAUCAAUUACAAAUAGAGAUUCUCAAUAAAAAGGUAUGAUUCAUGAAGAAAAAUGUAAAAAUGAUGAACUUUCUAAAUUGACUGAAUAAUAAACAUGUUUAAAUUAGAGCGUUGGUAAUUCUGCUAUAUUGGAACCUUUAAUUAAUGAAAUAAAUCUUAAUUAAGUUCCUUCACUUGUGGAAAUUGAAACCCCAGCUUUUAAUACUAAUUAAAAUUGGGCAAAAAUGAAGAUAAGAAAAGAGGCAAAAUAAAAUGAAAAUUACAAAACCCAAAAUUUUUAAGAUCUCCUCUAUUCAUUACCUUAAUUUUUUAUUCAUUAAACAGAAGGUGAAUUAAAAGUAGAUAAAUUAAGAGCUUAAGAAAAUUAGGAUGGAUAUUAUUAUCAAUCCUUUGAACUUACUGUCAAUCCAUAAAUAAUGAUUGGGCCUAUUAAUUUUAAGAAGCAUCUUAAAAUUGUAUAUUUCCAUAUGAUAAUAGCAUAUAAGAUUCAAAAAGGGUUACUCCGGAGUUGUUUAUUAUGAUAAACUUUUGUAAAAUGUUAUUCCAUAAAAUUAAGUCGAUGGUAUAACUUUAAAGAAUGAACCAUUUUUAUUAGCUAAUAAUUCUGAUAAAGCCAUAAAAGUAAUAUGCUGUAUAGUUGGUAUCAAAAAAUGA